AUAAUGUGUUUUGGUUUGGUUUUGUUAAAAAAUAAGCUACUGAAGUAAAAUUUCGGUUAUUCAGCUACAUGAAUUAAGUAUCUGUCUUUCUGCAUGGGUUCAACUUAGGAUACUGGGAAAACUGCUGCACACCUGCUCAACAUGUUGUACCUGGAAGAUUAUAUUGAAAUGAUCGAGCACCUGCCACGGGAGCUGCGGGACAGCUUCACCGAGAUGCGUGAGAUCGACUUGCAGGUUCACAACACCACUGACAAUCUGGAGGAACGUGUCAAGACGUUCUUCGGCAGCGCUAAGAAGCUGAAGCCGGCCGAGCGGGAACAAGAGUACGAGUCCAUUAAACGAGACUACUACAAAACGCUGGACGACUCCGACGAGAAGGUGCAGAUCGCGCACCAGAUGUACGACCUGGUGGACCGGCACCUGCGCCGGCUCGACCAGGAGCUGCACAAGUUCAAAAUGGAACUGGAGGCCGACAACGCCGGCAUCACCGAGCUGCUCGAGCGGAGGUCUUUGGAGCUGGACGUCACGGGCGCUGAGAGCCAAAAGGAGAACCGCUACUCGGGCCGCAGCGGGCUCAGCAGGCAUUCACACGAGCGGAAGGCGGUGCUGACCGCGCAGCAGGCGGUGCGCCGCGAGGCUGACCGGGCGGCCGACCGGCACCACGCCGAGGCCCGCCAGCCGGCCGCCGUGGCGCCGGCGUCAGUGGCCGGCGCCGCCUACCCGGCCGUCUCCUACAUGGGCAGCAUGGGCGUGGGCAGCAACAACGCGCUGGCGGCGGCCGCCUCGCAGGCCAUCGCGGCCACACAGCACAUGCAGCAGGGCCGGAGGACGUCCAGCAUGAAGGCCAGCUACGACGCCAUCUCGGCGGGCAGCGGCGGCGCGUCCGGCGAGUUUCCGCUGGCCAGGGAGCUGGCCGGCGCCGCGCACACCGCCCUCGCCUCCUCCGGACUCGUGGGAACGGAUAGGAAACGAAAGAAGUCGACGGCUCCUCCGGCCCCUCCGCCGGCGCCGGUACCGACGUCCCCGACCCCGUCGGACGAGCUGGUGGGCGACAUGAUCAUCGACCCGAACGCCGAGGAGCCGUGGCUAUACGACGCCAACGAGCCGCGCUACUGCGUCUGCCAGAACGUCUCCUAUGGAGACAUGGUGGCCUGCGACAACAGAGAGUGUCCGUUCGAGUGGUUCCACUACGCGUGCGUGGGGAUCACGGCGCCGCCCAAGGGCAAGUGGUACUGCCCGCAGUGCACCGCCUCAAUGAAGCGAAGGAAACACAAGUAGGUGGCGGCGGGGCCGACUGCAGAGGACCGCCGGCGGCCGGCGGGGCGGUGGGGGAGAGGCCGGAGGGUACUGUGGUGUCGCUCUCAUUCGCUGGGAGGGUGAGGUAGACUGAGGGAUGAACUGGGAUCUGUUAGAGGAGAGAGAGGGUGGGAGAGGGAGAGCGAGGAGUGGGAACGGACGACUGGCGGCGUGAGUCUGGCGGGGAGAGGCUCCCGAGGGGUUCACUCCCUCCUCCGCUGUGUGGAAAAGCCAGGGGUCUGUCUAGGACACUCUCAUUCGGCCUGUGUGCUCGUUCAGCUCAUGUCGCUCCGUGUCUUCCCAAUGGUGAUCGGACUGUACGCGCAGAGGUGAAAUCGCGACUGAGUGGCUCCCGUGGAGCCAAACGUUACCCGUGGAGACGGCGAGGGACUCUGACCGCUCCAUUGUCAGAUGACCAGGUCAAACUCUGCAUUGUGUGGAGGGUUUAAAAAUGGUGAUAGCCUUGUCAAUGUCACAACCCCUCGGCAUUAUAUACCCCUAAAAGCGUCAGCUGGCAAAGCCGCUUCUCAAUUUCCAACAAGCCACUUAAUACUCAUCCAGGCAUCCACGUACUAUAAAAGCCACAAAACAUGAUUGUAGUGCCGUAAAUAUUGCUUGUGCCGGAGUCUGGGCUCGCUAUGUCCGGGGCUUGUGACCUGGCUGGGGCUCGCGCAGUGUCAGCGGGUUAGGCGAAACUCGUUUGCUCCCCUGAUCGUUGGGUUGUGGCGUCCUCUUCUUUGGGCUGUGGCUUCUGUAGAGUGUAGGCGGGGGGGGGGGGGGGCAAACAAAUGUCAAACCAUACAAAUGUCAAAUCAUGAAGAAGGUGGCAUGUAAUGUGAGCCACUUCACGAUAAAACCCAGAAAAAGCUAGGCUUUGUAGUUUGUAAUGUGCAUAAAAUGGAAGUGCAUUCAAGCGUUUUCAUAAAAAUGACACCAAAAAAGUAGAUUCACGUAGACUGCUUAGCGAAUAGGGAAUCGCCCACGUUUCAGUGUGGCUUGGAAAAAGACUGUGGUGUCAGGCUUUGUUGCGGUGAUCCACACGAACAGUCCCCUGGUCCUAGCUGUCGACCGCCGCAGCUGCAGCGGCUGCUGUCGUCCAAUCAGACUCCGCCGCCGUGUGAUGUCAUUAGCCUCAGGACUCAGCUGUUGCAUUCAUCGUAGUCACCAUGCGUAGGCACCUUAGGUGCCUAGCUAGUUAGUCAUUUCUGUGUAGCACGCCGUGUCAUCUCAUCAUUUUGUAUCCAGAUUUUGUUGCGUUGCGCUGCUUCGGUGCGAUUUUUCGCUGUUUUGCUGUGUGACCUGCCUCUGUCGAGGACUAAUUGUACAAUGUGAUUGGACCGAAUACAUUCUGAAAGGUGUUA